AUGAUUAUAGAUUUAACAGAUAACUCAAGUUAUGCAAAAUAUGGAAAUCAUGGAGCAUUAAUGAUUAAUUUUCAAGUAAAAUUUUUGGAUCCAAAUAUUAAUCCAAGUAUAUUUGUUGAAGUUUCUGAUCCAGCAACUGUUUACUCGAUGGAGAAUAUGUCUUCGGCAUUUUUACAAUCAAUUGCAAUGGCUAACACUUAUCAAGUAUUACCUUCUGACACUACUGAUAUUUAUUUGAGUCGAAAUAUCAGGAAAUUUAUAAUACCAAGUUGGAAAGCCACUAUGGGACUUACCCCAGAUUAUGAAAUAACAACUUACUUAACUACAAGAAAAACUACAGAACGAUUCAGUACUACGCAGUUUGCAAGCAUGUUUAUUAUUUCUAUUUAUGCAGAAUAUGAUAAAACUAUUAUUGAAACUGAAGAAAGUUCUCUUGGAUUACUUGGUGGUGCCUGGUCAAUUGCUAUAGUUGCUUAUAAAUUACUUUUCGAGAAAGAAAUUAAUGAUUUAGAAUUAUUUUUAAGAGAUUAUGUGGUUGAAGUACAACAAUUGGAUAAAGUUUAUGAAAAUUUUGAAACUAAUAAAAAUAAUAAAAAUAUUUAA